AUGAAGAGUGCGCUUCGAGUCCAGGUGGACGUAUGUUCGGAUCUCCGCAUGAUUACAGCGGAUGUUAGCCAACGGGUGUCCAGCCUGGAGGGCCACGUGGAGGUGCCUCGUAAUGCUACUCGGGAUAACGCGUGUGGCGCACCGGUGCUGGAGGCGAGCGGCGGUUCAGCGGUGGACGCGGCGGAGGGAUCAGAGCGUGCUGCAGAGUGUGCUGGGAGGGGUAGACUCCCAGUCCAGUCUGCGGUCGAGUCUGUGGUCCAGGUAGACUCCCAGUCCAGUCAGUGGUCCAGGUGGACUCCCAGUUCAGUCUGUGGUCCAGGUAGACUCCCAGUCCAGUCUGCGGUCGAGUCUGUGGUCCAGGUAGACUCCCAGUCCAGUCAGUGGUCCAGGUGGACUCCCAGUCCAGUCUGCGGUCCAGUCUGUGGUCCAGUCUGUGGUCCAGGUAGACUCCCAGUCCAGACUGUGGUCCAGGUGGACUCCCAGUCCAGUCUGCGGUCCAGUCUGUGGUCCAGGUAG